AUGUAUGGCAAAACCGUGGGAGAACUUAGUGUGUAUAUCAAGGACGAUGGGGGUUCUAGGAGAAAGUUAUGGAGUAAAAAAGGUGAUCAGGGAAACAAAUGGAUCUCGGGUGCAGCGACCAUCUCUAACGUGUCCAUCACGGAUUAUCAGGUGAGUAUUGAUUAGAUAUUUCAAACGUGAAGGUCAAGUGUGGAGAUCUAGUUUGAUGUUAGCACUUUAUAAAUACCAGAAAUGAAAAGAACAGGUCAAAAUUAGCAAGUACACAAAAUUUGGAGGCUAUAAUGUUUCAAAACCUUUUGCGAGGUUUUUAAAUCAGAAAAAAAUGAUAAGAGAUGUAUAAGAAUUUUGCAUUGAACGGCAUACAUGCGUCACCUUUAUUCAAAGCAUGAUGACUCAUAUUUUUCUCCCACGUAUUAGAGCAACGCCAUAUGUUUAUCAAGCCACAAAGCUGCAAUGCGCCUUAAUGCGCCCUACUUUAUCAUUGUACUCUGUCUAACAUCAAACCAUUUUACUCGUCAAGGGGAGAACGCUUGAGAACGCUGGCAAUCAAUGGGUUAAUUACACUAUGUAUCUUGUUAACCCACCAAGUUGCAUUGCACCAUGAUGAUGCGCCCUACUCGAUUAUUUUGCCCUGUCUAACGCCAGGCAAUUUUACUCGUCAAGGGAAGUACCCUGGCGUUUAAUGGGUUAAACUUAUAUUUCCCAAACUAUCGGAAUUACAGGGACCGCGGAGACGGGGGGGCUGGGGGGCUUUAGCCCCCCCCCCCCACUUUUUUUGACAGCCAAAAUUAUUAAAAUAGAAAUCUAAAUGAAACUUUCUAAAUUAAUUAAACCUUUUCUAGGCAUUUUUAACUUUCGCAUCUAAUUAAAAUGAAUAAAGGCUAAGCACCCCAUUAUGUGUACCUUACAUCAAAAAGGUCUAAAUUUUGUUACUUUUUAUGACGAUGGUCUUGGAGAUUUUUUGCUAAAGUUCCUCCAAAAAUGCAGGAAAUAGCGUUUAAGGUAAUAGAAAAUUGAACAUUUUCCUUGGGGGUUUUAUUGAUGAUUUAGCCCCCCCCCCCUCUCUAAUACGCUCCGCGGGCCCUGAAUUAGCGGCAGCAAACGGCAAUUCUCACCGACAAUGCCUCCCGGAGAAACGUCAGUGGCGGCAAUUUUUGGGCGCCACGUCUCUCGUCGUUAGGUUGUAAUAAAUAAUGUUGUCCAGUUGAAGUGAGCUUUAUAAAAACAUUCCAGCACCAUCGAUAAAAAGUAUCACUCACAUAAACUCACUGGUAUAUUUCCCAGCCCCAGUUAACACGUUUCAAAAUCUACGUAACGUUUUUGUUAUGGACUUUGUUUGCUUCCUGUAACGAAAAAAAAGAAGUUUCACAUUUGAUAUUCUUGAUUCUUGAUAAUUUGAUUGUGCACAAGUUCGUUUUCAUCCUCAGUUAAUCCAUAACAAAUACUGUAGAACAAAUUUUGGCUUCUAGAAAUUUUGCCUAAUUUGCAAUACUUCUGAUGGCUGGUUUUCCGCACAAUGGAAAAAUGAAUUAUUGCGCAAACGUAUCCCAUAAUGCAUAAUGCACUGUGCAUUACAGAAGUCCUCUGUCUAGGUGGAGUUUGAAGCAAUCCGUGGUCCUUCUUAUCAUGCUGAUAUAGCUUUGGACGACAUCUAUUUCCGCGAAACGCCUUGUGGUAAGACCAUUGAAAUUGCAUUCAAACAAUUAAUAAUUCAUAAGCUUAUUGCCAAAUCAUGUCAACCAUAAUAUGUCACGUGCAGUGGCUUUAAACCUGAUAAAACAUUCCUAAUUAGUAUUCGGCUUUAUACAAAGAAUACUAGUAAGACAGUUGUCGAUCAAGAUACAUUUAUUUUGAUAUAUAACACUAUUGUUCGUCCGUACUUUGACUACUGCUGUGAAGUAUGGGAUGUAUUUGGUGAAACUCAAUCAAAACGACCGCAAAAACUGCAAAUAGAGCGGCAAGAAUUAUUCUGAAUAUAAGCAAUGACGUAGAUUAUACGAUUGUUUACGUACUUUGGGCUGGGAGCCACUCCAAACUGAAAGGAAGAAAACUAAAGAAAACUUAUGAAUAUAAGCAAUGACGUAGAUUAUACGAUUGUUUACGUACUUUGGGCUGGGAGCCACUCCAAACUGAAAGGAAGAAAACAAAAGAAAACUUAUUAAAGAAAACUUAUUAAGAAAACUUAUUAAGAAAACUUAUUAAGAAAACUUAUUAAGAAAACUUAUUAAGAAAACUUAUUAAGAAAACUUAUUAAGAAAACUUAUUAAACAAAAUGGGCCCUAAUAAGUUAUUAAUCAAAAUGGGCCCUAAUAAGUUAUUAAUUAAACAAAAUGGGCCCAAAAUCACUCACAAAUCUAUUUUCGUUUAAGAGUGAGAAAACUAAUUACCACCUUCGGGAUGUCUCAAGUGGUCUUUAUUUACCAAAACCACGUACAAAUAGCAUGAAAAAUAGUUUUAUGUACGACGGAGCAAACAUUUGGAAUUCUAUACCAAAAGAAAUUAGGGAAAGCAAGUCACUUUGUUCCUUUCGAAAUAAAAUCGCUGCUCACAUUAGUGCUUGGUAAUCUUUGUAACUAUAAUUUUACCUGUAAAUAACUCAAAACAUUUGUAAAAUCUUUUAAAUUUAUAUAUUACUGUAAAUGACUUAACUUAUCAUAUUCUGUAUGUAAAACAAUUUUCUGGCACACGCCCCCCGUAGAAAUCAGCUACGGUUGACGGGGUCAGCGUGGAAUAAAGUUGUACUACUACUAGUAUCUAUGUAGUCGUGUCCUCAUUAGUAUUCUUUAUAUAAAGAAUACUAAUAAGGCAGCAUAUCUAUUGAAUUUGUAAUCGUGUUUGAAGCCGUUUAAUAAAUUCGCAGGUCGUGUUUUACUAGGUUUAUUAGGUUAUUAUUCAAACCUGACUAUUUUUAGAUAUUACGUAAACGAUAAAUAUAGCAAAACCAUAACUCAGCAUAACGACGUAAUGUCUUAAAUUAGGAAUGUUCACGACGUGACUGACUUCACGUCACACUCCCCCUCUUGAAAAAAGAAAGUUUGCUAGAACUUCCGUUAACUGUUCGUACAUAUGCAUAUCAAAUGAUUGUUCUUUAAAUGUUAUAAUUAUACUCUAAAAUACUCUAUAUAAAAUUAAAUUUGAGAAAACUCAUGAAUACAAUAAGAAUAGCGUCCUUAAACUCUAGCAACAGUAUAACAAAAUAGGGAAGAUUCAACAACAGAAGAACGACAUCUUCAAAAUAUUAUAAAUUACAUACUCCCUUUUUAAUUUUAAAUUUAACAACAUUUUACUCUUUAAUAAUAAUUAUUACUUUAACUUACGGGAGAUUAUCAAACUAUUACAACUUCGUAAUAAACCAGUGGAACAAACCACAAACAAACCACUAACAUGUGGUCAAUAAUACAAAAUCUUUCCCCACUGUCAGGCAUCACUGAGUAGACGUUAGGCACAAUCUUAGCAGAAACCUUUUGACGAAGACGCAGUGAACCUCCAGCGUUGCACUCUUGUACUUCAGCCUCUGGUUAAGUCGACAAAUUUGAACUGCAUGACGUUAAAACUGAAAAGAAUCCAUCAAUAAUGUAACACCAAAAGAACAAUCACCAAACUUCAACAAAAGCAACCGCUCUCAUCCGAGAGAAUGGAUUCCCGUUAUAUCCAAUUUUUAAGUUCGUUUUACGUCUCUCGUUUUCUCGUUAUCUUCCCGUUGUUGUAUUCCCGUUGUCACAUUCCCGCCUGAGCCCCCAUUUGUUACGUUCGCGGGCCAGAACGAACAAAAAUGUCUGCAUCUCCAUCUUCUUUACGAUCGUUGCCCUCCUUGACCAGACACAGCGACACGCGCUGGCCAAGGAGGCUUUCUCGUAUUUGGAAUAUCCUUCUUCUUAGUCUUAUGAACUUUACGACGACAAUAAAUCCAACAAUAACAAUUCUUCUUGGACAACAACAACUAUCUCUAAACUUUUUUAAUUCUCAAAACUAUAUUCCUAUAGCUUAAUCUUUCUCUGCUUUAUAUGUACUAUUCGAAAGAUAUUAAUAGAACAUUACAUAAAUACUAUUUUUAGAUAAUACGUAAACGAUAAAUAUAGCAAAACCAUGACUCAGCAUAACGACAUAAUGUCUUAAAUUAGGAAUGUUCAAGACGUGACUGACUUUACGUCACACUAAUAAAACACUCCUGCUCGUUUAUUACACAUGCAGUACUUAAUCCAUGUAGCUUAUACGACGAUGCUUAAUAUCGUCUCUUGUUGGUCCAGUGUAACUAUAGAUGGAAACCUAAAUUGAAUUACUAACUUUAUUUACACUUUGCAUAAACGCAUCUUUCAACCAUACAGGUGUGGAACGGUUAGGGUGCUUCAACGAUCGCUACAAGAGAGCAUUGCCAGAUUUGAUUGUGAAUCUUAGAGAUAAGAUAGACUGGUAUGAUAUGCAGAAAACUGUCAGAGAAUGUGCCUGUACUGCACAUGAACAGGGAUACAAGGUGAGCAACAAGAAUUUUUUAUGCCACAAUACUAUACAGCUGUUGAGUAAUUUCCGGCCUUCACAAAUUUCUAACUAAAAUUAACUAUAUUUUUGUUCUCUAUUCAGUAUUUUGCAGUGCAAUUUUAUGGGGAGUGUUGGGGUUCGCGAGAUUUCAUUGAAUAUGAUAAAUACGGCGCCUCUGAUGACUGCGUGUCUGGUGUGGGGAAAGAUUUCACCAACUUUGUGUACAAAUUUACGGAUUAAAGAGUAUAUUGAUUUUAAGGAUUACAUACAGUACAUGCAUUAAGAUAGUUUCCAUAUUAAUUUUCAAUAUGAAUAGUUUAUUAUGCUUAGUUUACAAUAUUGAAUUGGCCACGGAAUAAGGAUUAGGUUCAUGGAUUAAUAAAUGCUGUACAUUAAUUUUCACUUUUUAAUUAACUAUAAAUCGUUUACCAAGCUUAGCUUAUUAGACUGAAUUACUAUAGCCAUCACUGCAAACUUCCGGGUAUCGUUCCAUGUUUCGCGCACCAAUAUAGGUUAGGGUUAGGUUUAAGGUUAGUGUUAGUGUUGGAGUGUUAUAUAUGUAUAUAUGGAGGUAUCCAGUUGACUUUGCAGUACACUAUAAUAUCCAUUACAUUACGUUUACUAUAUUGGUGCGCGUGGUAUUUAUUUUACCUCACAGUGACUCCAUAAACGUUAAGCUCCUCAAUUUUUGAAGUAAAUAUUUACAUUACUCAAGAAAUGAGUAAAGUUGCUCAUAAAUUUCAGUAAUUUUACCCAAUAUUUUGAGCCACUGUGGGCGCAUAUCAACCCCCGCAGGCAUCUCGUGGUUCACCAUGGUUGGUUGGAUUUCGUGCCCGCCAAUCUCAAGGUGAUGCUUGCAUAUAUGAGGCUAGGCGCAUAUAUUAUGUUGCCAUAAGUUUUUGAGUAAAGUUAACUGCAUAUUUCUCAUGCUUAUUGUUUAGUGCUAUUAGACUGAAACAACCAUGGUCAAGGUUAAUUUAUAGAUUGAAUUGAGAUCGUUAAAAUGUUGACCAUUGUAUUUAUAUUUUAAAACGCACAAUAUUAGUCCAGCUUAUGGUAGCCUAAUAUGGCUCAUAUAUUCAUUGUAUUAAAAUACUCUGCGAGACUUUGUUCUAUUAGUUUCAUCUUGAAAGGUAUGCAAGCUCCGAAUUAAUAUUUCUUCGAAGAUUUCUUUCUGUCCUACAAUAAUAUUUUCAAAAAUUGUAAACCAAGCUAGUUUUAGUGUCUUUUGACCUACAAUUUUUCUACUUUGGCUUUGCAUCAUAUGUUUUCCAAUGAAAGUUAACAUAAUAUACUGGACGCCUCCGACUUUUACGUUUCGUUCACGCCAAAAAAUUAUCUGAUCAGCACUGAAUGAAAAGAUAGGCGUACAAAUUUGACGUACAAAUGUUAGUGUGAAAUUGCAGCCUGCAUGCUAUUUUUGGCUUAGAAUAUCGACAAAAAGCUAUAAAAUGGGUAGCCAGUCUGUUUUGCCAGUCUUAUUAUAACUCGCUUUUUUCUGAUUCCCAGAAAUUUUCGAAUUUCCACUUCCAAAAAAAACCCCACAUAUUUCCUUCCUUAGAACCCGAAAUUUCCUUUUUCUCAUUGAAUUCCCUUCCAAGAAUUGCCUGUUCAUAACCUGGAGAGUUCUUUGCAACUGCAGUGUUGAAAUAAUGCAGUAAUGAUGUCAGUGAUCCGUACUUUAUUGCCAUAAUCAUACUGUUAGGUCAUCGCUGUUGUAGUCAAGUCCACAACUUAAUACGAGUCCAAGUCCAUACAAGUUCGAGUCCUAUACAUUCGAGUACGAGUCCAAGUUGUCGAAUGUAUAGGACUCAAAGAGUACGGCUCCAAUUUUCGAGUCCGGGUCUUAAAUAUUUCGAGUCCAAGCCCAAAACGGAUAAAGUAUUAUCAAUCAUAUUUUCACAGACACUAAAUGCAUCUUGCAGAAGUCACGAUGUACUAGUUGACCUUCAUCUAAGGACGUAAACGAGCUUAUACCGGUAUUCAAUUAGUUAUAAAAUUUGCAUAGCCAAAAAUCUCAAAUUUGAUUGGUUGCACAAAGGAUAUGUGCUAAUAAUAUAUAUAUAUAUAUAUAUAUAUAUAUAUAUAUAUAUAUAUAUAUAUAUAUAUAUAUAUAUAUAUAUAUAUAUAUAUAUAUAUAUAUAUGCAUAUAUGUAUAUAUAUAUAUAUUUAUAUAUAUAUAUAUAUAUAUAUAUAUAUAUAUAUAUAUAUAUAUAUAUAUAUAUAUAUAUAUAUAUAUAUAUAUAUAUAUAUAUAUAUAUAUAUGCAUAUAUGUAUAUAUAUAUAUAUUUAUAUAUAUGCAUAUAUAUUAUAUAUAUAUAUAUAUAUAUAUAUAUAUAUAUAUAUAUAUAUAUAUAUAUGCAUAUAUGUAUAUAUAUAUAUAUUUAUAUAUAUGCAUAUAUAUAUAUAUAUAUAUGUAUAUAUGUGUAUAUAUGUAUAUGUGUAUAUGUGUAUAUGUGUAUAUGUGUAUGUGUGUAUGUGUGUAUGUGUGUAUAUGUGUAUAUGUGUAUAUGUAUAUAUGUGUAUAUGUGUAUAUGUAUGUGUAUAUGUGUAUAUGUAUGUGUAUAUGUAUAUAUAUGUGUAUAUGUGUAUAUAUGUAUAUAUGUAUAUGUAUGUAUGUGUAUGUGUAUGUGUAUGUGUAUGUAUAUAUAUAUAUAUAUAUAUAUAUAUAUAUAUAUAUAUAUAUAUAUAUAUAUAUAUAUAUAUAUAUAUAUAUAUAUACACACAAAACUUAUCGUGUGUGUGUAUAUAUAUAUAUAUAUAUAUAUAUAUAUAUAUAUAUAUAUAUAUAUAUAUAUAUAUAUAUAUAUAUAUAUAUAUAUAUAUACACACAAAACUUAUCGUUUUCCUUUCAUUUUCCCAUAAAAAUCGCGUAUUUACUUGUAAUUAUAUCCCACCGCUGCCACCAGAUGUUACCCUGGGAUUAUUUCCAUAAAAUACACGAUUCUAUUUCGUACGAUUUUAUAAAACAAAACACUUUUAUUCAUCAAAUAUGAAAGAACCAUGCUUCUCUUAACAGUUAGUCUCGUAUGGCCUUAUGGCCCAGUUACAAAUGGCCCUGCAUGCUGGUCAUGAACAUGCAUAUCAUUGAUCUAUUUUGAAAGCCUUGGCCGCUAUAUUCCGAAGAGGGUGGAGGCUUUCCACAUCUUGGGCGAUUCUUAUGCCAGUGAAUGACGUAACAGUUACGCUAACAGUCGGGCCCUGUAAUUUUAUACUGUGCGUAAAAUCAUGCAGACAAAUUAUUUUUUCUUUUAGCUUCAUAGAAGAUGUGAUGCCAGAUGUGAAACUGAAGUGUCCAGUGGAUCUCCACAAGAUGGAGAAUUAGGUGCAACUCCUCUUGAGCCGCCAACACAG